AUGUUCUGGCUCCAGACCUUGGAUCGUGGGCCUGGUGCUCAGCGGUACGAGGCGAUUGGCCGAUUCCUCGUCCCCGGGCUCCUGCCUCGGAUCGAAGGAGGAAACAAACAUGGCCGCCAGCUGCCGGCCGACGUCCCGGGAGUUGAAGCUGGCGUGCGACCACUCGGGGGUGUAGUAGCGGGGGGCGAACUUAGUGAGGGGCCCCGCGGCGUAAAUGGAGGCGUCUCUGGUUUGGAAGUUGGCGUCGAUUAUGAGUCGGCCGUCGAAAACCAGGGAGGAUUUCCUGAUGCUCUCAAAGGCGUCCCGGUGGAGGGGCUCGGCCUCGGUGGUGAACGUUGCCAUGGCGAUGGCGUCCGGCCGCCCGCCGCCGUCCAGCUGAGUCAGCACGCCGCCCUGGUGCACGUGGACGCCGGCGCUCCUCAGGGCCUCCUCCACGGCCCCCCCCACAACCGGGUCCCCAAAGCAGGGGGCGCCCGGGGGCAGCACCAGGUGCACCCGGGGGCCCCGGACCCCCAGGCCCAGCAGAGCCUGGGUGAUCGGCUGGUUAGUGAGAAUAAAAGGCCCGGGUCCCGGGGCCCCACCAGAGGCCCCACCAGGGGCCCCAGAAGCCCCACCAGAGACCCUAUCAGAGGCCCCACCAGGGGCCCCAUAAGCCCCGCCAGAGACCCUAUCAGAGGCCCCACCAGGGGCCCCAGAAGCCCCACCAGAGACCCUAUCAGAGGCCCCACCAGGGGCCCCAGAAGCCCCACCAGAGACCCUAUCAGGGGCCCAAUCAGAGGCCCUACGAGGGGCCCCAUCAGGGGCCCCAGAGGCCCCACCAGAGGCCCCACCAGGGGCCCCAGAAGCCCCACUAGAGACCCUAUCAGAGGCCCCACCAGGGUCCCCACCAAGGGCCCCAGAGGCCCCAUCAGAGGCCCCAGAAGCCCCACUAGAGACCCCACCAGGGGCCCCAGAAGCCCCACCAGGGGCCCCAUCAGAGGCCCCAUCAGGGGCUCCAGAGGCCCCACUAGAGACACCAUCAGAGGCCCCACCAGGGGCCCCAGAAGCCCCACCAGGGGCCCCAGAGGGCCCUGA